GGGGGAUUGUACUUUCAAGUUAAUGGGCAAAAUCCAUAAAAGUGUCUGUGCGCCAUCUCCUAUAUCUAUCUAGGCAGCAAUGGCUACAAAUUCCAAAACCUUUACUUUUGAGGAGGUGGCCAAACACAACAACAAAAAGGAUUGUUGGAUUAUUAUCAGUGGAAAGGUGUAUGAUGUCACACCAUUUUUGGAUGAUCAUCCUGGAGGUGAUGAAUCUUUAAUAUCGGCAACAGGGAAGGAUGCAACCAUUGACUUUGAAGAUGUCGGCCACAGUGACUCUGCCGUAAAAAUGAUGAAGAAAUACCUUGUUGGGGAAGUUGAAACCUCCACUUUACCAUCCAAAGUCAACCACAGUCCACCACAACCUGCACAAGCACAUGGUGUUAGCAAUCAAUCUUCAGGAUUUGUUGUGAAGACAUUGCAAUUGCUGUUGCCAUUGUUGAUAUUGGGCAUUGCAUUUGCUCUGCAGUACAAGAAGAAACAAGUCAGCGACUCAUGAAUUUUGAACUUGAGCUAGUGUCUUUGUUUCCCAAGUUUUUUUAUUCAUAACAUAUAUCAAACGCAACCUACGUUUGGCUUAGUUGUGCUAGUUGUUCAUUUAGACUCAAUUGAAAAUUUGAAAUGGAUUUAACAUUUUGAUGACUCAGUAUUCUUUUCUUUUAUAUUUGAAUAUUUUUAUAUGGAUUGUCUUAA